UAUCAAACGCUAGAUGUCCUGACAUGACCGUCCAAUCUGCUAAAUCCUCCAGACACCACUGUCCUAGUAGGCCAAUGUAACUGGAAAAUAUAACUCCACUCCGGGUGAAGCGCGGACCGGAAAACAGAACCGGUCCAGACGGAACGUUAACAUUUGAGUGCUGGUUUUGUGCAUAAAUGACUAAGUUUCCGAUCUUUGUCAAAUGUUAUACGUUACUAAGCGUGUGAGUUGAAAUAGCCGAAUAGUGGUUAUUAUUUUUAGUUUACCAUGAUGUCAGACCGGGCCUCCAUGCGGGUGAGAGGUUUUUUAUUAUCCAAAAGCUAGUUGCUAACUAGUGAACAAUCGGCUAACUAAAGUUACAUCAAUAUAUUGGCCUGUUGUUAUAAAAGAAGAUGUCAGGCUUUAAUUUCGGGUCUGGAUCCACGAACACUGGCGGAGGGUUUUCGUUUGGAGGCACUGCCAGUACCCCAGCUGCAGCAGUUAUGGGUGGCUUUACUCUGGGUGGUACAGCCUCCACCACCACCACCACCUCUUCUCUGGGCCUGGGGGGGUCCCUGUUCGCACAGAAACCUACUGGGGGGUUCUCCUUUAACACUCCUGCCUCAGGUGCCCCAGCAGCCUCUACCACAGGCUUUAGUAUGGCCUUCAAUAAACCGUCUGCCUCGGCCCAACCCUUCUCCCUCACUGCUGCCUCCUCGGCCCCCUCAGGGGCAGGACUGACGCUAGGCUCCGUCCUCACCUCCACCGCUCCACAACAAGGAGCCACAGGAUUUGCUCUCAACCUAGGGGGUGUGGCCCCAUCCACAGGCCUAUCGUUGGGUUCCAGUAUGUUCUCUAACAUGGCUUCUACUGGUUUGGCCCAGACCACUCUUGGUUCAGGGGGGUUGACGUUAGGUUCCCUAGUCUCUACUUCGACGGCGAUCUCAACAGCCCCCAGCUUUGGACUGGGCGGAGUUGACUUCAGCACUUCCUCAGAGAAAAAGAGCGACAAAUCAUUAGGGGCCAGCCCACAGGACAGUAAAGCGUUGAAAGAUGAAAACUUGCCUCCAGUCAUCUGUCAGGAUGUAGACCAUUUCCAGAAGUUUGUGAAGGAGCAGAAGCAGGUUCACGAGGAGAUCAGCAGGAUGUCAUCUAAAGCCAUGCUGAAGGUUCAGGACGACAUCAGGAGUCUCAAACAGCUGCUGUCUGUCAGCGCCUCGGGACUACAGAGAAACGCCCUGGCUAUAGGUCACCUGAAGAUGGAGGCUGCGCUGGAGUUGAAGAAUGCAGACAUAGCUCUACGGACUCAGAAGACACCCCCUGGACUCCAACAUGAAAACACAGCUCCCUAUGAUUAUUUCCGGUGUUUAGUGGAUCAGUUUGAGGUCCAGCUGCAGCAGUACAGACAGCAGAUAGAGGAGCUGGAGAAUCACCUCUCCACACAGGGCAGUGGAUCACACAUCACACCACAGGGUGAGAAUCACCUCUCUACACAGGGCAGUGGAUCACACAUCACACCACAGGAUCUGUCUCUGGCCAUGCAGAAGUUGUACCAGACAUUUGUUUGUCUGGCUGCUCAGCUCCAGUCAGUACACGAGAACGUCAAGAUCCUGAAGCAGCAGUACCUGGGAUACCGCCGGGCCUUCCUGGAGGACUCCACUGAUGUUUUCGAGUCCAAGCGGGCAGCCAGUAAGAAGUGGAAGAGCGCUCCACGCAUCACAAUCGGUCCCGCCCCGUUCGGCAGUGUCCCUAACGCAGCAGCGGUCGCCAUGGCAGCCACGCUGAGCCAGCAGCAGCCCGGCCCAGAUCCUCCCAAGAUCUGUCGGGUUGGAUGGGGAGCAUCGCUGCACAGCUAUUUUCAGGUCUCUCCAGAGAUGUUAGAUCGGGUUCAAGUCCGGCCUCUGGCUGGGCCACUCAAAGACAUGUCCCGAAGCCACCCCUGCAUUCUCUUGUCUGUGUGCUUAGGGUCAUUGUCCUGUUGGAAGGUGAACCUUCACCCCAGUCAUAGGUCCUGAGCGUUCUGGAUAAGGUUUUCAUCAAGGAUCUCUCAGUACUUCUCUCCGUUCAUCUUUGCCUCGAUCCUGACUAGUCUCCCCGUCCCUGCCGCUGAAAAACAUCCCCAAAGCAUGAUGCUGCCACCACAAUGCUUCACCGUAGGGAUGGUGACAGGUUUCCUCCAGAUUUGACGGUUUGUAUUUAGGCCAAAGAGUUCAAUCUUGAUUUUAUCAGACCAGAGAAUCUUGUUUCAAGUGGGCUGUCAUGUGUCUUUUACUGAAGAGUGACUUCCCUCUGGCCACUCUACCAUACAGGUCUGAUUUGGUGGAGUGCUGCAGAGAUGGUUGUCUUUCUGGAAGGUUCUCCCAUCUCCACAGAGGAACUCUGGAGCUCUGUCAGAGUGACCAUCGGGUUCUUUGUCACCUCCCUGACCAAGGCUCUUCUCCCACGAUUGCUCAGUUUGGUUGGGCGGCCAGCUCUAGGAAGUCUUGGUGCUUCCAAACAUCUUUCAUUUUAAAAAUGAUUGAGGCCACUGUUUUCUUUGGGACCUUCAAUGCUGCAGAAAUGUUUGGUACCCUUCCCUAGAUCUGUGCCUCGACACAAUCCUGUCUCGGAGCUCUUUAGAUAAUUCCUUUGACCGUGGCUUGGUUUUUGCAGGUAUGUGUGCUUUUCCAAAUCAUUAAAAAUCAUCUCAGUUUUGAGUCUUGUAGCAAAGGGUCUGAAUACUUAUGUAAAUAAGGUAUUUCUUAGUUUUUAUUUUAAAUACAUUUGCAAACAUGUCUGAACCUGUUUUCACUUUAUUAUGGGGUAAUGUGUGUGGAUUGAGGGGAGAAAAACAUUAUUGAAUCCAUUUUAGAAUAAGGCUGUAAUAAUAUGGAAAAGGGGAAGGGGUCUGAAUACUUUCCGAAUGCACUGUCAAUGCAUUCUUGUGAAAUGUUUAGUGGAAACUGUUAAAAGUCGUCCUUGUGCAAAGAGUUGUAUUGUUUUUCGUUUGAAAUCCAUUUAGAAAAAUCUGAGUCUCAGCAUCACUCCGUUUACCGGGGAAUUGCCAUUUACCAUUUGAUCUGUGAAAAUCAACCCACAGUCUCAUAGUUCCAUUAUCACUAAUAAGCAGCCUAUCAGUAGUCAUUAGGUAUAUCAAGGGGAACAACUUAGAUGUGGCCAUAAGGUUAGUGUUGGGAUGGGAGUCUGAGAAGACUACUGGAGUCUAAUGUAAUAUAGAACCACUGUUCCACAGGGCCCUGAGGUGUUACUCUGUUCACACAGUCUAUACCACCACUGAACGUUGCAGAGGAGAGGGGGGAACUUGACUUCAGUAACAGACUGUAGUACAGAG